AUGGCCGAAAUACGUGCACGAAACGUGAAGACGACGAAAAUGGGGCCGUACUGUAAGGAGAGCAUCAUGAGUCCAGACAGUGCGAGAGUGCCAAGUUUCUACAUCUACGUAGAGUUGGCCAUGCUUCGCGAGGUCGGAGAAUCGGCCAACCGGAGUGUGCUCUUCGUCGUCGGCUUCCGCCAGGGCAAUCGCUGGUCUUCAUCCGCCACGCUCACGGCCCUCAACCCCCCCACGCACUCGCCGACCGUCGCCCGGUCCUCAUGUUGCAGCCAUUUCUCCAGGCAUGCCAUGGCCAUCCAUCGCAAAGACGAUUGGCGGGACUGA